CAACUGUGGAAAGGUGGCCAAAGGAAUUGACUGUGCAGCACUCGACUGCGUGGUGGUCCCAUUUAUAACCCGUUGCUUCCCGCAUCGUCUUUUGUUUUUCUCCUCCUCUUUCCAUCCCCACUCCUAUUUAUUUUAUUUUGGUUUCACGUACACUGCUACUUGAAGUCAAGCAUGUCGACCCUUCCCAUUUAUCACCCCGUUCCAACGGACGAGAAACACCCAAUAUCUGCCACUUUGGUAGACGGCGAGUUUGACCCUCGCUACAUUCAUCCCGCCGCAAUCGGCUCUCAAUACCUUUAUAUUGGCGGUCCCCGCAGCGCCUAUCAGGCCGCGAAGGACAAGUACGCUGGCUUGUCCAAAGUCAAGAAAGGUCUCCUCGCUCUUGCCGUUGUUUGGUUCGGUCUUGUCGUUGGCCAUCAGGCUGCGCGUCUUGCUGGCGGCAAAUGCCACCAGGACGCUCAUCAUGCUCCCGCCGAAUUUGGCGUGAAGCAGUGGAGAGACCACUCAUCUCAUCGAUUUGGUGGCCCUAUCUUCCUCGAGGAUGGUCCACUUGACUGUCAUGGUGGCCGUAAAGACCGUGCUCCUGAGGAGCUUUCUUCCGUUGCCACUGUCUACGAGUCCAUCAACGUUGUCGGGAGCAACGAUGCUACCGACAUUCUCUCCGCCAACGCCUCUUUCCCUCUCAAACUUGGCCGUGGCAAGCACUUUGAUCUCACCUUCCAAGGUGAGGGUAACGUCAUCAUCUCGAGGGCUGAGGAGGAGUCUGAAGACUCUACUGUCAACGUUUUUGUUGAGUCUACUUGGUCCGGUGAGGAGGCUGAAGGGGUCAAGAUGUUGUCUGGAAAACACUCUCACGCUCUCUCUGUUGCUUCUUCUCAAUCCUCGUCUCAUAUUGUCCACCUUGUUCUUCCUGCCAACAAGAAGCGUCUUCCUUCCAUCUCUAUCUUUUCUACCAAGGACCUUACUCUUGAUAUCCAUCCAUCUGUUCAGGACAUCCACGUGGGAAAGCUCUCCCUCAAGUCUGAGAGCGGUGAUAUCAAGCUUCCUACCCUCGCUGUCAACAAGCUCGUGGCUGAGACCGUAACCGGUGACGUCGGCGGUAACUUCAACGUCAGCAACUCUUUCGUUGUCAAGACAGUCACAGGUAACAUUAACGCCAUUGUUAACGUUGUUCCUCACUCCCCACCUAAGGACAAGCUUAACCUUCAUAACGUUGAUGCCAAGCACGAGCACAAGAAGUUUGACAGCCGUCACGGAGAACACAAUCACGAGAAGAAGCACUUCGGAGGGCGUUUCCACUCUGAAGAAGAGCGACCUUCCAAGUGGUCUCUCAAUAUUUUCAAGUCUAAGAAAGAGGAUGAGCCUGAACACCCUCCCCCCCCUCCGGUCUUUAUCGGCGCUUUCUCCACCUCUGGCAACAUUCUUCUCAAGGUCUUCGGUUCUCCCAACGUCUCUACUGAUACUAAUGUCUUCUCCCAUACCGGUGACGUCGACGUUACCCAUGACAAGUCAUUCCACGGUUUGUACGAGGUCGGCAGCUUAAAGGGCACCUAUGAUGUUGUCGUGAGGGACGGCAAGGUGCAUCGAGUCCUGGAGGAAUACGUCACUGAGGAGGGAGGCAAGCAGAAGGGCCUUGCCUUCGUUCCCAAGAACAGAAAGACUGAGGGCUCCCACGAGAAGAGGCACUUCCGCAAUGCUGAAAGCGUUGAUGGCGAGCUUCCCCCUCCCCCUCCUGGUAAGGGCCACGGUCCUGAUGGUCCCGAUGGUCCUGAUGGUCCUGGAGGUCCUAGUGGUCCUGGAGGUCCUGGUGGUCCUGAUGGUCCUGGUGGUCCUGGUGGUCCUGGUGGCCCUGGAGGUCCCGGUGGUCCCGGUGGUCCCGGUGGUCCCGGCCCCGACCACCCCCGUGGUCCUCCUCCUUGGGUUGUCUUCCCCCCCGGUCACUCAGAAGUCUUCGUCCACACUGAAGUUGGCAACGCCAAGAUUGUCCUCUAAUCACUUUCUACGGACAAUCCGAUUGUUCUUUUUUGAAACUUCUCGAAUCACUCUAUGAGGGUUCGGUAUAUUCAUUUUAAAUUUACUAUUUCUUUAUUUUUCCUUAUACUUAUCAAGAGGAGCUAAUUGACUUUCACGAACAAACAUAUAGGCAGGCCGCCUACUGACAUAUUGCUCCGCUGACAGCUGUUGAAGUUUGGCUCCCGUAAUAUCAUCUUAUUAUCUGGCGUUGACAGUUUGUUUUUGCUCAUCCGACGGUGCGAGGAACAACGGCUCUGGUGCCGGAAGUAACGUCCCAUUGUUAUUAUUUAUGUAAAUGCUUUCGUUUUCAUUGCUGUCAUGUUAAUCGGCUGUGCUGCUCUUCAACCAAUGAACGUACUACAUAAUACCGCUGACCUCCUGUAGUUGUUGGGCUGUGUGAAUUGCUGCUUGAGUGG